GGGCUGCGCUGCGGGCCGGGAGAGGGAGGCGGAAGUGCCGCGAGAUGCCGCCUCCGUCCCGGUUGCGGCCCCUGCCGGUUACAUAACUCCUGCGGGCUCCGCGCGGCCCCACUUCCCGGCUCCCUGCGCCUCCAGGAUGCGCUGAGUCCUACAAUACCCUCAGCGGCCGUCGGCUCCCCUACGAGGUGUGAAUGACAGAGGUGGUGCCAUCCAGCGCGCUCAGCGAGGUCAGCCUGCGCCUCCUCUGCCACGAUGACAUAGACACUGUGAAGCACCUGUGUGGCGACUGGUUCCCCAUCGAGUACCCAGACUCAUGGUAUCGUGAUAUCACAUCCAACAAGAAGUUCUUUUCCCUUGCUGCAACCUACAGAGGUGCCAUUGUGGGAAUGAUAGUAGCUGAAAUUAAGAACAGGACCAAAAUACAUAAAGAGGAUGGAGAUAUUCUAGCGUCCAACUUCUCUGUUGACACACAAGUCGCGUACAUCCUGAGUCUGGGCGUCGUGAAAGAGUUCAGGAAGCACGGCAUAGGUUCCCUCUUACUUGAAAGUUUAAAGGAUCACAUCUCAACCACCGCCCAGGACCACUGCAAAGCCAUUUACCUGCAUGUCCUCACCACCAACAACACAGCAAUAAACUUCUACGAAAACAGAGACUUCAAGCAGCACCACUACCUCCCCUAUUACUACUCCAUCCGAGGGGUCCUCAAAGAUGGCUUCACCUAUGUCCUCUACAUCAACGGCGGCCACCCUCCCUGGACGAUUUUGGACUACAUCCAGCACCUGGGCUCUGCACUAGCCAGCCUGAGCCCCUGCUCCAUUCCACACAGAGUCUACCGCCAGGCCCACAGCCUGCUCUGCAGCUUCCUGCCAUGGUCGGGCAUCUCUUCCAAGAGUGGCAUCGAGUACAGCCGGACCAUGUGAUGUCAGCUGGGCAGCCGCCACCACGCCCUACCCUUCGGCCCCCCACAGAGUCCGCCUUCCUGUCCAUCUGACCCCUGCUAUCUUCUGCAAGGAGCUGCCAGCCAUCUACCAGGCUCGUCGGCCUGCCCCAGCUGCAGGCCCGGUGCUACACGGGCUCGGGAACAGAACAUCGUGGGCACGCGCAGAGCGUGCCCAUCCGUGGCAGGUACGCCACAGCAGACAGGAGGGUAUGGGAGCUUGGUGCCUCCAGCCACAAAAGCAGAAGGCCCUGGAUGGGCACAGAGAACGGCAGAGCUGGAAGGGGCCGUGGGGACUGCAGAGUCCACCACCUUGUGCACCAGCACAGCCCAGAGGUUUGGUGACUUGUGCCAAGCUCACAGAGCAGGCUCCACGGCCACUGGGCUGUGCACCCGACUUUGGAUCCAUCAGUGCCUUUUUUUGUGUGGGGACCGAGAGGUGCCUAGUGGCUGCAGGCAGACACCAUGGCCUGGAGAAGGGCUCAUGCUCCUGGAGCACCCAGGCCCAGCUGUGUGGCCCAUAGGCGGGCUGUGGGAUGGGCAGAGCGUCUCCGUCGGGCCUUUACCCUGCCCUGCUCUUCUCUUCCCCACAGGCUCUUCAGCUCCCCUUCCUGCUUCUGGAAACCUCUGCCUCUGCCUGCUGCCCUGGCCCUGCCUCCCUGUGCAUGCACCGUCCCCAGGGCUGACCCAGUGUGGCUGCAUUCACUGGGAAGGGGCUGCCCUCCCUGGGCCUCUCCCACUCCGCUGCCUGUUCCUGCAGCUUUUCCCUGGAAAGCUGGAGGGGACUUUCUCCUGCAAGUGAGGAAUGCAAGUAUUAUGGACACACUUGACCGUAAAGGCACAGGAGCCUCGGAACAAGGGGGCGCAAUAAAGGGAAUGGCCCGUCCCCCUCCAGAACCAGCCCAAAGAAGCCUGGGGGGUGAGGAGUGGCCCCCACUCCUCCAUGAGGGGCUGACGAGGGGUGGGCAGCCUGGGGGAGGCUUUCCUCGCAAGCACAGAGCCCUGAGGCUCAGCCCCCCGGCACAGGCGGUCACAUGUCGGGACGGUUCCUAUUCCUCAGCACCUUCCGUGCAAUUACCAGGGCCCUGGGAGGUCACACUGCCCAUCAGACCACGGCAUGCUCCAUUCAGCUGACCUGCUGAGGACAGUCAUCGCCGAGACUCCUUGGGUCCUCCCCGCCCUCCCUCAUGCUGCCACAAGCUGCUGCUCCGAGGCCUGGCCACAUGCAGACAGGAGGAAGCUGAGCUUGACAUUAGGCCUCAAGGCUGCCAUGUGUCUCGUAGGGCCUGGCCUUGUGGGCAGGGGGCAGUCCUGUGCCUUGUGGGCCCUCAACCUCUGAGGGCAGAGAGGCUGUCAGUACUGCGGGUGCAUCACACACUUCUAGCAUCCUGUCCACCCUGCAUUCCAAAUGCUGCUUGCUGCCUGCCCUGCCCUCCGAUGCAGGGGUGGGGUGGGUGGCAGUCCCGCCUAGCAUAGCUGCAGUGUCUCAAAGCCAUGGCAGAGGGUCCUAGCGGUGCCACCCUGCCCCAGCCUGAGGAGGAGGGAGAGGGAGGAACAGCCCUGGGCAGACGGGGCCUCAGGGACCUGUGUCCUUCCUCCAGAGCUGCCCAGCCACGGGCUCCUGGGGUGCUGGGGCAGCCCCAGGUCCCCUCUUGAUCUCAGCUGGGGCCAGAGGCCCUCAGAAUGAAGGCAGGCCCCAGGCAGGAGCAGCAUCCCCCUCCUUGAUGGUGCUGGCAGGAGGGCUGCGCCAUGCAGACUGCCUGAACCUCUGCUGACCUGACGGUGCUGGCGGGAGGGCUGCGCCAUACUGACUGCCUGAGUCUCUGCUGAGGCUGUCUGCCUGCCGGGCCCAGCUCAGCGCCCUCUCCACUGCGAAUCAGCGGCGACCAUGUGAUUUCUAUUUCUGCCUCACAGGGUAAGGGAUGAGUCUUCUGGAAGGCUCUGCCAUGGACAUUUGUCCUUGGGCUCAGAGGCCCCACUCUGCCCCGCGCCUGCCCCUAAUCACUGCAAUGUCCAGCCCAGUGUUGAACAGAUUGUAGCAUUUUGUCUGAUUAUGAGCAAAUAGACUUUCAUUGGAGUUCAUCACAUCCUGUUUCCCGCACCUGCCUGGCUGCACCUCAGGCCUCACCCUGUAGCUGAAGUUGGCCUGGAGCUGCUUGUCACUGGCAAGGCCCCAGGAUUGCUUCCAGAUAAAGGGGCCAGUGGUUUUGUGCGAUUAACCCUGCCAAAGAAUGAGAACCUUUGGCCAGUCA